AUGUUAGAUAUAGGGUUUUCACCUAUUGUUUAUACUCACAAUUCACAAACUAUAUUCUGUUUGCAAGGUGAAGUUUUGCAUGGAGAAAAUAUAUUUCAGGAAGAAGAAACAAGUGAUAGAGCAGCCCUCGUCACAAAUGCAAGACAUAACCUUUUUGAUUUUGAUUUAAACAACCCUCCAGGUUUUGACUUAAAUGAAGCUCCUCCUCCAGAGCCUCCUACACCUCCUCAUAUACAAGGUGAUGUAACUAGUGGUCCAGAGGGAGUGGCCGUCACCAGAACCAAAACAAAACAUUUGUCCAAUGAUCAACGUACUGCUAUAUAUAUGGCUCUGUUAAGAAAAAGUGCGAAUGGAAAACUAAAGCGAGGCACAACAAAAGCAGUUGCAAAUGAGUUCUCUGUGACAAUGCGUACGGUUCAAAGAAUUUGGAAACGGGCCAGGGAGACUUCUAUCAACGGGAUGGCUGAUGUGUCACAUCUUAAAGCAAAAAAUUGUGGUCGUAAAAGAGUACAAGUUGAUCUUGAGCAACUUAAAACUGUUCCUUUGUCUAAGCGGACAACCAUCCGUUCCACUGCAUAUGCCAUCAAAGUCUCUAAAUCAACACUGCACAGGUGCUUCAAAGAUGGGAAAAUAAGGAGAAACUCUAAUUCUAUCAAGCCACUGUUGACAAACAAGAACAAGGAAAAUCGGGUUGAGUUUUGUUUGUCAAUGUUGGAUGCAAAUAGUUUUCCAAACAAUCCUCGCUUUGUCAGUAUGGAGAAUAUGAUACAUAUUGAUGAGAAGUGGUUUUAUCUGACAAAAAAAAAGGAGACUUACUACCUUUUUACUGAUGAAGAGUACCGAACAUGUAAAAGUAAAAACUUUGUCAUAAAAGUCAUGUUUUUGGCUGCGGUAGCGAGACCACGGUUUGACAUACAUGGAAAAGAAAUUUUUUCAGGUAAAAUCAGAAUAUAUCCUUUUGUUACAAGAGAGCCAGCCAGGAGGAGUAGCGUUAAUAGAGCUGCAGGUACUCUUGAAACAAAAGCCAUGACUUCAGUUGGAAGGGACAUAAUAAGAUCAUAUAUGAUCGACAAAGUUCUACCGGAUAUCCGAGCAAAAUGGCCAUAUGGAAAUAGGGUGACAAUAUACAUUCAACAAGACAAUGCACGGACACAUCUUGAUCCAAAUGAUGCACAGUUCUGUCAAGCGGCCUCACAGUAUGGGUUUGAUAUUCGUUUGAUGUGUCAACCAUCAAACUCUCCUGAUCUAAAUAUCUUAGACCUUGGGUUUUUUAAUGCCAUUCAAUCAUUGCGAUAUAAGGAGAGUCCAAAAACCAUUGAUGAGCUUAUUGAUGCAGUUGAAAGAUCAUAUCAGGCAUAUCCUCCAAGAAUUUUGAACAGAAUAUUUUGCACCUUACAGACAUGCAUGAUAGAAAUUCUGAAAGGUCGAGGUUUUAACAAGUAUAGCAUACCUCAUAUUAAGAAAAACAUUUUGGAGAGACAAGACAGGCUUCCUAAACAGAUGAGAUGUGACGCUCAACUCAUUCAAAGUGUAAUUCUCUGGUUAAGCUCAAGUAGUUAA